AUGGCUCAUCCUAUCGACAGCUUAGGGUUUCGUCCGCCUCAGUUCUCCGAGGACUUAGCUUGGGUUCCUGUGUGGCUUCAGCAGCAUCAGAUUGAACAGUUUGAUGAGUGCAUUAAGAAACUUAAGGGUACCGACUUAGAGCUAGAAUGCAAGGAUGAGGGAGUUUCUCCGGGGAAAAUCAGUAAAGGUAACUAUGCUUAUACAUUGUCAAGGGAGGAAGACAGAAACAAAAGCUAUCAUUUAUUCUUUUCUGGGGAAGACAAUACGCCCGCUGAUUUUUCUUCAUCUCCUGGAAAUGUUCUUCAUUUCCAUCUUCGUCUUUCAUCAACUGGGUUUUCACAGUGCAGCCCAACUCAACCUCCAGAUGCUUCCGAAAACAAUGUUAAAUCCAACAGAGUUAAACCUGUGGAACUACGUGACACCUCAGUAGGUUCUAAGGAGGAGACUUGUUCUGAAAUGGGGCAUAAUCUUGAUGGAAGAAAUUUCCUACCUCUAAAUUCCAUUCAGAAAUCCAUGGAGGAUGUUGGUCCACAAUGUCCUUCCAAUGACAAGAUAUCAGAAACACAGAUUAGGGAAAAGUAUAACGUGAAGUACUUCAAAGCAACUGACAUGACUGCUGCAGCUGAACUCUCGAUUGCAGCAUCUGAGGCAUUGGUUAUACAUGAAAUAGUGAGGUGUGGGGCUGUUACAGAGGCAUUGCCAACUGAAAUGGUAAUUGAAGCUGCCCUUCGGGUAAAGAAAGCUCGGUUGGAGCGGUCAGUAGAUGCCUUAGACAGCAUAUCUGACGAAACAGACGAGAGUGAUUCUCUUUCAGACUUGGAUGAUUUAACGAUGUCUGAUGUAUAUGAAGAUGUAGGACUGUCUCAUUGUAUUCCUUUUGAUGACUCCACUUGUGGUUCAGCUGUUUCUCUGGUAAAAGAAACUCCUCUCUACGAAAAGCAGCAUGAGUGUGUAAACCUAUGUGAUCCUGUAGAGCUGGGUGCUCAACAACUCAAGUUUGAUGAUAUGUCUGCGCGGAGACAGCUAUCAGAGAAAAUGGUUAUGGAUAGAUUAAAAGACAAUGUGCCUGCGAAAUCUUUCAAUCACGGGAGAGAAGAGUUAUACGAUAACCUAGUUCCGUGUUUAAGCAUCUGUAAUGUGGCCAGACACAAUGAUUCAGCUCUAAAGAACUCAACUGUUUUAACUAAGAAACAGAUAAUUGGCCCAAGUAUAGUGGAUGUAACUUCUUAUCAGCCUCAAAAAGAAUUAAAUAUACACCCCCAUGUUUGGAACUCUGCGAAUGCUAAAGGAGAAGAUAUAGUACCUGACUUGGUACCAGACUGGUUCAGGAGCCGAUGGCUAGGUGGUUGGACAGGCCAAGUAUGUGCUUUUUUCCGUUUUAAAGCACUUCUGUUUUGAUUUUCUCAUUUAUUGUUAUUCAGAUACCAAGUUGUUACAAGUAGAAUUUUGCUAUCCUUACUUGAGAGCUUAGAAACAAUAUGCCGUAAGUGG